CCGGGAGAGAGGCCGGCGAUGGCGCUCGACUUCUUGGCAGGAUGCGUUGGGGGUGCUGCAGGUGUGCUCGUGGGACAUCCUUUUGACACCGUCAAGGUACGCCUCCAGGUUCAGAGUGUAGAGAAACCUCUCUACCGGGGGACUUUCCACUGCUUUCAGUCAAUUAUCAAGCAAGAAAGUGUAUUUGGCCUGUAUAAAGGCAUCGGGUCACCCAUGAUGGGCCUGACUUUUAUCAACGCCCUCGUGUUUGGGGUCCAAGGCAACACGAUCCGGGCCCUGGGGAAGGACACCCCCAUGAACCAGUUCUUGGCCGGCUCUGCUGCCGGCGCCAUCCAGUGUGUGAUCUGCUGCCCCAUGGAACUGGCCAAGACCCGGAUGCAGCUUCAGGGCACGGGCGAGUACAAACUGAAAGCGAGGACCUACAAAAACUCCCUGGACUGCCUGGCCAAGAUCUACCAGCAGGAGGGGCUGCGGGGCAUUAACAAAGGCAUGGUGUCCACCCUGAUCCGGGAGACGCCCAGCUUCGGCUUCUACUUCCUGACCUACGACUGCCUGACGCGCUCCCUGGGCUGCGAGCCGGAGGACAGCUUUGUGGUGCCCAAGCUGCUGCUGGCAGGCGGCAUGUCGGGCAUCGUGUCCUGGAUCUCCACCUACCCGGUGGAUGUGAUCAAGUCCCGGCUCCAAGCCGAUGGCGUGCGCGGCGUCCAGCAGUACAGCGGAAUCCUCGACUGCGUGCGCAAGAGUUAUCAGGUGGAGGGCUGGAGGGUGUUCACUCGGGGCCUCACGUCCACGCUGCUACGGGCCUUCCCCGUCAAUGCGGCCACCUUUGCCACCGUCACGGUCUUCCUCAUGUAUAUGAGGUCCGAGGAAGUGAUGACGGAGUGUGAGGCAGCUCUGCCGCAGCCUUCCAGCUUGUAAAUGCUCCUCAAGCCAAGCUAGGCCACUUCCCCUUCGGGUUUAAUGUGCCCCUCCCCCGUCAGCGCUGGACUUUGCCCUGCAGUAUUUGUAAAUGCCUGUCUUUUUAGAAAAUGAUGUAAACGUGUAAAACGUGUUUCCCCCGCCUUGGCCUGGGGACCAUCUUGUUUUCUGGGGAGUGUCCCUCUUGGGGACCCGGGCCUCCCUCCCCUGGCUCUUGGGGAAUGGAGCCGAGCCAAAGCAUCCCUAUCCUGGGGGACUCUGGAGUGAAUUCUUUGUCCCCAAACGCCAGCCACAUUGGGACAGGUUCCAUCCUGGAUUUUAGUAAGCCUAGCCUUCUUGCAAGGGAGUUAGACGGACAUCAUUUUUGAAGAGCUUGGACCUUGUCCUGUUUUACUUUCCUAUAUGGGGCCUGUUUGCUGUCAGGCCUAGGUUUGAAUAAUGUCACCUCUGCUCCUUAAUACCUGUGUGACCUUGGGCCUUCUUUUAUCAUGAAAGGAGGGUGUUGGAUUUGGUGAUCCCAGUUGUAAUUUCAGGAUGUAAAGACACGGGGUGUUGUUAGCUUCCUCCUCUUCCUAGCCCAGAGAAUAAAUCUUGGCUCUCUUCAGUAAUUUCCCUGGUAUAGCUGGGUCAGCAAGCCUUUCAUUCGGGAACCAAGCUGGGGGCUUGUCACCACUGAGCAAGAUGGCACCCUUUCCUCCCCUUCCUCAGGAACAGAAAAUCUCCUUGGGAUAUUUCACAGAUAAAGAAGUCAACUCACAUUUAUAUCAUGUUACACUCAGGAAAAGGAGAACUAAUGGAGUCAGAUGAGGGGGCAUGCUCACCCCCAGGCCCCUCCACUGCACUGGGCACUUUGGCCAUCACUGGCAGUGAUGUAGGUAGUUGUAGUUUUGGCCUGUUGGGAAGAGGAUAUUAUCAAGUGUGGGCUCUAGGGAUCUUUGUAUUUAUUACUAUCACAAUGGCAUUCUCAUUUUUGAGGACCUAAGCCUUGUUCAUGCAAAUACUUUGAUAUAGUGGGAGAUGAGCCACAAGGACUGAGCUCCAGAUAGUAGAGAAUGAGGAUGUAUUGUAUCCUUCCUGGGAAGCAAAGAAAUGAAUCUCCCUUGGAGACAGGUGUAGGGGACCUGGGACGUGUUUAGGGAGUACAGGGAAUGGGUCCUCUUAAAGUUGUAUUUAAAAAAAAUAUAAGCGAGAGCGUUUUGCAUUUUUAGAAAUUAUGCUGGAGACACCUACUCUUUGGAUCCAAACAUUUGGCAGGAGGAGGUAGAGAAGAGUAUUGUGGCUAUUUGUGGGCUCCCACUGAGGUUCACACUGACUGUGAAGUGUGUCACCUAAAGUUUAUGUAUACAAGUCAAUGAUAUCUUUGUAAGAUAUUCUGUAAUUAAUGUACAUAGACUCAAUAAAUUUUUUUUUAAAAAUCAAGACUUACAAAAAAGUUUAUUGAUGCCUUUUUUUUUUUAACAUCAGUCAAUUCUGGAUAUGCAUACUAUUAAACUUUUCCACCCCUCAAUUCUACUGAACCUUCUUAUAUAACAAAGAAAACAGUUAAAAAACGAUACAGAAACUGCAUCUGAUGAGGCAUUAAAACACACCUUCCUGCUUGUAGCCCUUUGUUAUAAAUAAAACUGAAUCUCCAAGACUUUAUACUAAAUUUAUAAGUAUUAGUAUAGAGAAAGAAGAAAAUUGUACAAGUUUAACUAACUCAAAACUCCCCAGUCAUAUUACUUCUGCUUCAUCAGAUCCUAGAUUCCCCAGGGGCCCAACUAACCACAUUGUUGGAUCAGCCAAAUUAAGGCCCGCCAAGAAGUGGGCUCGAGUUCAGGAAAGGACAGGAGCUCAAGAAACUGCGUUCCUGGAUUCCCAACCCAAAAAAUGGCAGAGGGGGCCUUCCAGCUUCUGGCUCUUUAUCUUGCUCGGGAUGUUGCACGUACUCCAAUUUUGUUUGGACAGUCUGAGUUAUGUGUUCUGAUGUUCAGGCACCUGCGCUGGCAAGUUAAGACUUUAAGUUAAGGGGUCACGUAUUAGGUGAGACUCCCAGAUAUUUAGUUCACAUACCUUGUGCUUCUCUUUAAGGGAAAGAAUUAAGUUCCAUUAUUUGUUGGGGACCUCUUGACUUUUCAAUUCUCAGACUUCCCUUUUUAUAAUACAGAAGGGAGUCGGUGCACAAUAUGUCAUCUGGCAAACAAUUACAUUGAGGAAACCGUUUAAAG